AUGUGGUCACCCCGGAAAAUAAGCGACUCAAUUGGUCGUAUUGUGAUUGCCCAUCCAACUGAAGGCGAAAGGUAUUAUCUUAGAAUUCUUUUGUCUAGAGUUCGCUGUCCUAAAUCGUUUGCUGAUUUAAAAAUGAUUAACGGGGUAACUGUUGCUACCUUUAGAGAAGCUGCUUUGUUACGUGGUUAUUUACUUGACGAUGCUACUCAACAAGUAUGUAUGCAAGAAGCUUCUACUUUUCACAUGCCAUAUGAGUUGAGAAGGCUUUUUGCUUCACUUUUAGUUUUUACCUGUCCAAAUAGUCCGCGCAAGUUGUGGUUGUUAUUUGAAGAUGCAAUGAUGGAAGACAUUUUACGCCACCACAAAGAGACACACAAAGAAUCUAAUGCCCGUGCAUUUAAACAGAUUGAUUGUUUUCUGCAGUCAAUGGGAAGACGUCUUCAUCAGUUUGAUGUUCUACCCCAAAAUUCAUUUGAUCGGUUGAUGGAAGACGACACUAGAGAGAUUAAAACAGAAAAAAAUAUUGUUGUUUCCACUGAAGAUUUGGCUGCAAUAUAUACUCUUAAUAAAGAACAGAAGGUUGCUUUUGAAAUGAUAAUGGAUGCAGUUAGCUGCAAUAAACCUGCUACAUCAGGUAUUGCAGCAUCAUUAUUACCUGGUGGCAGAACAGCUCAUUCGCGUUUUAAAAUACCUUUGGAUGCGGCUGAAGGGUUUGUAUGUAAGCUAACAGAAAACAUGCGAGCUCUAUUGGAUCCUUUUUUUUCAAGUUUCCUUUUGGCACUUGGUAAUGGUAUAGGAACUCAUACAGACGAUGCGGUUGUUUCUCUACCAUCAUCAAUGCUUAUUCAGGGUUGUAAUGAUGUUAACGGUUUGGAAGCUCUUAUGAAAUAUGUUUAUCCUAACAUUUUUGUUACUCCUGCCACUUUCUCUCCCACUUUCUUUCUUGCUUUGCAUGUCAAUAUGUAUGUGUUUACUUUCUUACUGGCUGUAACCUACUCACAUGGUAUUGAAACCACACCCCUCUGGAACAGUAUUCAAUCAGGAAGUGACAAAACUUCACCAACAAGAUGA